AUGCCCCAGUACGAACUCGUUUAUUUCGAAUUCCGUGGCCGUGCUGAAGCCAUACGGCUGGCCUUGAACUACGCUAAGAUCCCAUUCACUGAUACUCGGCUAACCAGACAGGAGUUCGAAAAAAUCAAAGGCGAAAAGAAUCGUAAGUAAAUCCCUCGAUAUUUGAGUUCGUUUUGAAGGCUUUCCCUACGGCCAAGUUCCAGUCUUGUUCUUCGACGGAAAGCGGAUUGCUCAGAGCCAUUCCAUUAUCCGAUAUCUCGCUGCGGAAGCCGGACUUGCCGGCAGAGAUCGUGUGGAAGCCGCCGAGAUCGAUGAAAUUUAUGAGACAUGCCGAGAACUGUUUGAUGCUCUGACUCCGUAUUUGAGGACCUAUAUUGGUCGGAUUCCCGGUGACAUAGUAAGCUCUAGAGUAAAAAAGAAAGAUAUCAGCCUGUCGGGAAAGUAAUGUGGAUCCGGCGCGCCUUGGAAUCGCCUAUGAUCGUUUUGCGAGGGCUAGCCGCGGCUGGAGAUUUGGACGAUUUGGAGUGGUUGUGCGACGAGGCGAGACAUUUUCUGCGACAAAUCCACAUUAUUUUCCCGACAGACUGAUAAGUGAAAAGUCACUACGGCAAAACUUCCUUUUUCUGGCCCCAGCGAAAAGAUGGUUUUGCAGCUUGCGCCCGAACAAUCCUGGUUGCAAGGAAUAUCAGGCAUAGGCAGGUUAGGCUUAGUUUAGGCUUAGCCUCAGGUUUAGUUUAGCGCUUAGGCUGUUUCCUAUUUUUAUUCGCAAUCUGCAAGGAAGCCAGGGCGCAAGCUGCGAAGCUCGGGGCCAGAAAAAGGAAGUUUUACCGUCACUAAGCUUUUUUCCAAGUUGUGUAGGAUUUUUUGUCGAGAGGCCUUCCGUAUCGUUUUCAGUAUGUCGGGAAAAUAAUGUGGAUGCCUUGAAAUCGCCCAUCAUCGCAUUACGACGGGAGCCACGGCUGCAGAUUUAGAGCGUUGACAUUUCGCUGCGACAAAUCCACAUUAUUUUCCCGACAGACAAAUACUGUUUUAUUUCCAGAAAGCACUCUAUAAAGACCUUCUUGUCCCGACCGUUGACAAGUACUUGCCGAUAAUUCAAGACUUCAUUGGGCAAAAUGGAUUUUUCCAUCAAAGCGGGAUCAGCUACGCCGACUUUUAUUUUGUCAAUUACUUUGACAUCUUCAACAGAAUGCAUCCGGAAGUCUUCAAGAGAUUUGGCAAGCUUUUGGAGCACACUCAGAGGAUCUAUGCGCUUCCAGAGCUGCAGGAUUACCUGGCCAAGAGAAGAGAUCAUACUUUUUGA